AUGGUAUCCCAUCACACAAAUAAGAGUGAUGGUGACAAUAAAAUAACGAGGACACUGCUUCCUCCCACCUCCCUAAAUGUGGGUAAGUUCAUAGCCUACAUAAGUCCUUGUGUAAAGUCACUAACCCAUUUCCACUGCUGCUGUCCCAUCAGCUGCUCUGAAGCUCCAUGGUACCCAGAAUCUUCGCCCAGGCACUGCUGCCUAGAGCUCCUGGGCUCUCAGCGCCAGGAAAUCAUGAGGUUCAGUGUCCCAAGCAUGAGGAUCGACUACACCAGGAGUGUGCUCAAAUCAGUCCUUGGUCCAGCCCCCAGAAAGGCAGUGGCCCCCAUGGGUGCUUAUCUGAUGCUGUGCCAGCCACAGGCAAGAUGUGGGGACACGUUCUGUGAUCCCCUGCAGCACUGUUACUAUGACAAUGCCGUCUUGCCCUUGGACGGGACCCAGAGGUGUGGAAACUGCACCUUCAGAGUCUGCUUCGAGAAGUGCUGCCCCUGGUCCCUCAGUCCCCAGGCGGCCCUCAUGGUGAAGAUGAAAGGCCAGAAGUGCUCCUUGACCCUGACCUCAGAUGACAGGUUUUGUCACAGUUUUUGCUGCUGCUGCUGCAGAGCAUUUAAACAGGAAGGGAUCCAGUCCAGCCAUCCAGGGACUUGCCCCCAAGUCCUUGUUGUGGAGGGGAAGCCCAUGAAAGGAGGAAAACUCAGUGCUCUCCUGUGUGCCAUGUUCCAGAAGCUCAGGUCUCCCACCAGCACCUGGGGUUGUGGAAAAGUCUUCCCUGAGUCUUCCCAGGGUGCCUGGGAUCAGGGCCUGCUUGCCUUUCUGGAGGAACUGGGCCCGGGACUGACGGACAUUGCAGGGCUGGGACAGGGGUACCUGGGUCCAGUCUAG